AUGGUGGAGAUGCAUAUCGAAAAGGAUCAGAAGCUCACCGUCUGUGGUGACACCCACGGCCAAUACUUCGACCUGUUGGAGAUAUUCCGACUUAACGGUUUCCCGACUGCGAAGCACGCAUAUCUCUUCAAUGGAGACUUUGUCGAUCGUGGAUCAUGGUCGUGCGAGAUUGCCCUCCUCUUGUACAGUUAUAAGUGGCUGUUUCCGAAGACCUUCUUCCUGAACCGAGGCAAUCACGAAACCGACGACAUGAACCGUAUGUACGGCUUCGAGGGCGAGUGCAAAGCCAAGUACAAUGACCGCGUAUUCAAACUCUUCUCCGAAUCCUUCUCUGCAUUGCCUCUGGCGACCCUCAUCGGCGAUAAAUUCCUUGUUCUUCAUGGUGGGCUUUUCUCAGACGACAAGACAUCACUCGACGACAUUCGCAAACUCAACCGUCACUCUCAGCGACAGCCCGGACAGUCAGGAUUGAUGAUGGAGAUGCUGUGGACUGAUCCGCAGACUGCACCAGGUCGCGGUCCAUCGAAGCGUGGUGUUGGUAUUCAAUUUGGCCCCGAUGUGACGAAGCGCUUCUGUGAGAACAAUGGUCUCGAGGCCAUCAUCCGCAGUCACGAGGUCCGCAUGGAGGGUUACGAAGUCGAGCACGAUGGGCGCUGCAUCACGGUGUUCUCUGCGCCAAGGUACUGCGACUCAACCGAGAACAAAGGUGCCUACAUCAAUAUCGAGUCAGAUUACAAACUGCAGUUCAACAAGUUCGACGCGGUACCGCACCCGGACAUUAAGCCUAUGGGCCCAGAUGGCACUGGGAGAGGACCAGGAUCAAGGAGAGGAUGGGAGAGAGAAAAUACAACGUUGAGUAAAGACCUCGUUCUGGAAAAUUCUAAUCGCCUGCCAACGCCGCGCUAA